CUGGGAACCUAGAUCUGAACUUUGUCACUAAUCACUCUGGGCGUACUGGCUGUUCUAAUUUGCCUCUUGGUGUGAGAAAGUGAAUAAAUGAAUAACUCUGCUAGCUAGCUGUCCAGAUGGGGUGCAGAUGCUGUCGGAUGGUCAAUGGUUACGUUAAUGACCCCGCCGGAGCCUCCGAAGACAUCAAUGGAAUCAAGCAGGAUCCUUCCACUAGCUCAUUAGUCUCUUCCUACCGAGGACACCGAUUCUCAGUGGAUGGAAUUAACGAGAAGGAAGGCUUCCAUAAUUUUGGCUACACCAGCAGUAGCCAAUCUGACAUUGACAACAAUCACAUAAACAAGGCUAAAUCAAACCAGCCAUCAGGAAGUGAGCCUAGCCUAUAUAUUCUACAACCAGAUGGAGGAGAUUCAGCCACUCUUCCUAGCGCUCCACCAUUAUGUAACGAAUUGAUGCUGGGCACAGAACCUGGAAAUUGUUCUGAUAGGUUUCGAGACUCAGGCCUGGGAAACGGUGGCCUAACAGAUAGGACUGAUGGAUCGGACGGGUACCUGUGCGGACAGGAAGAGAGAGCGGGGUCUGCCGGAGACACAGCCGACGAGGAGAGCGUCAUCUCGGUGGACAUCCACACCAGCAGCACCAGCCUAUCUUCAUCUGAUACCAAGCUCGUGAUAGACGACAGAGAUGAGGGGGAUGAAUCAUUCUCACAGACGAAAAAGAAAAACGAGGACAGUGUAAGCAUCACAGACUCUAUGGUGGAAGAAGCACUCGCAGCUUUGGAGGCUGCCACUGCCGGAGAGGAGUUUGAAUAAAUGCUACAUAGUAAAGCUACAUUUUUGGAAAACCAAA